CAUGACUACGGUAAAUAAUGUCUAAUACAGUGUUGGGCAAUCAUCUGUUUAGGGCAUGGUGUGUCCCUCCAAUCAGUUUUAUAUAUCGUACAAGACCCUGCAAGUAUGCAUAAUUUUUUGUUGUUGUUGUUUUUUAAAAAAGCAACAAUGCCCCCCCUGACAACAGAACAAAUAUUUAACAAGCAGGCAUGGGAGAUGGUCCCAAUUUUAGGCCAUUUGCAUGUGUAUAAAUGAGAAAGGAAUGCAACCCCUGGUGGGUGGCAAAAGGCAUAUCUGACUAACAGGAUUCACCACGUAAUGUAUAUGAAUAGUUUGAAAGAACUCUGCAAAUAUUACUUUGUCUCUUCUCUUCCUCCAUUCCCUCUUUAGCUCAUUUAUGGCUCUGCUGCAGUGAUGAAUGAUAAAAGCCCAGGGCUUCCCUUCUACCAGAUGGCACCCUCAGAAGCCCUUCAGUAUGAGGGAAUUCUCUCUUUGCUUCAGCAUUUCAGGUGGACGUGGAUUGGAAUUAUUGCAAUGGACAAUGACAAUGGAGAAAGAUUUGUGCAAACCAUUUCCCCAAUGUUUACCAAGAGUGGUGUCUGCUUUGCAUUCAUAGAAAGAAUCCCCAAUUUUAGUUUUAUUUCUGAAAUUCCUGGCAUGCUAACACAGGGGACAACAAUAAACGAGAAAAUUUUUAGCAGCAAUGCUAAAGUAGUGGUUGUCUCUGGAGAAUCUUACUCCAUGACAACUUUUAGGUUGCUUUCAUACUUUUCAGAAAAUGAUGACAUGACAAAGAAAGUAAAAAGUAAAGUAUGGAUAAUAACAGCCCAGGUUGAGUUUGCAUCAUUUGUCUUUCAAAGGUACUGGGAUGCAGGGAUAUUCAAUGGUGCUGUAUCCUUUGAAAUUCACUUCAGAAACCCACCAGGAUUUCAUCAGUAUGUUGUCCACAGAAAUCCUUCCAGGACAGAUGAGGACGGCUUUAUCAGGGACUUCUGGCAACAGGCCUUUGAAUGUGUACUCCCAGAUAUCACUUCAGACAAGGUGGAGGGGAAUAUUUGCACCGGAGAAGAGAAGCUGGAAAGCCUUCCCGGAUCACUUUUUGAAAUGAGCAUGACAGGCCACAGCUACAGCAUCCACAGUGCUGUCUACGCCAUGGCCCAUGCUUUACAUGCCAUGUCCACAUCCAGACUCAGGCAUAGAGGAAUGGCGUACGGAGUGAGAGGGAAGAAUCUGAAUCAACAGUCUUGGCAGGUAAAGGCUGAAUAUUCUCAAUUGGCAAAGCCCUGUUACUUCCUGACACUUUUUGCGUUCCCAAAAGCCUAUGAACUUGUUCUUUCCUCUCAGAGUUCAAACGUUUGAGCAGGUGUAUUAGGAAGAAGAACACAGAACUGAAUUUAUAAUUCUGCAGACAGAGUAGGAGAUGGCACUGAUAUGAUCGUAUCCUAGAUAAUUCCCCACAUAUUGUGCUGCUGCAAAUGACAAUAGGCCCUAUAGAAAAGGGAAAUGAUAGUGGUGUCCUUCUUUGAGUAGGUACUGCCCUGUGUUUGAGCAGAAAGCAUUAGUAUGAGGAAAGCUUUGCAGUCCAAUGAUAUCCCAUUCCAUUCAAAGAUUGGUUUCAGAUCAUCUCCGUUGCCAAAUGUUUCAGCUCCGAAACAUUGAAAACCCGGAAAUAAGUGUUCCGGUUUUCAAACUGGUAUUGAAAGAGGCAAUCGGAAGCCACGCCUUGGAAAUCAAACGUUUUAGAAGUCAAAAGUCCUUCCAGAAUGGAUUAAAUUUGAAUUCCAAGGUUUGACUGUACUGUCCUAUGUUUGAAGAAAAAGCAUUUGUAUGAGGGAAGCUUUACAGCCCAGUGAGGUGCCGCUGCAUUCAUAUAUAGGAAACUAUGGUAACGGUUGAGAGAGAUGAUCAGCAUUCCCUCUAUCCCAUAUCAACCAAAUCCUUCCUUAGAACAGGUGUUCGCACACCACUGCAGUGUCUUCUGAGAUGUUCAGGGAGACAAGGGAGGGGAGGGGAGGGGAGGGGAGGGGAGAGAGAGAGAGAGAGACCUCACUACAUACACAUAUUAGACUUAUGGGCUAAAUAAAGGGUUGUUAGAAAGAUUGAGAGAGAGGCAUGUGUGUGAAAGAAAACUGAUAGGCUCUCUCCCUGCUUGGACCUGAAUCCACUGACAGUUCAUUGAAUCAUCCCCCACCACUUGCUGUAGGUUCUGCUCCUAGGGAAAAAUGCUGCAGUCUUUUCCACAACCCCUGUCUUUUCUGUUUUCAAUCUAGCUCCAUCACUUUCUGAGAAGCAUCUCAUUUAACAAUACUGCAGGAGAUGUGGUCUUCAUCAACCAGAAUGGAGAGACAGCAUCUAGCUUGGAUAUUGUCAACUGGAUUAUAUUCUCCAACCAAAGUUUGCACAGAGUGAGAGUUGGGAGGAUAGAUCCGCAGGCUCCUCCAGACCAAUCAUUACUCCUUGAUGAAGAUGCCAUCACAUGGCACAGUUGGUUUAACCAGGUAGGGUUGCAUUGUUUGCUAAUUCAAAAGAGAUUCAGUAUUGAAUAAGCAAUCAUUAUCCACCUGCAAGUCUACUCACUGUCUUUUGAGUCGUAAAUUGAUGAGUGGUGUAUGACCAAAGCAUCCAGGUACCAGAUUAAGAGCCAAAAGUUUGCUGCUAGAAGACCAAUAUUUUAUUAAGGAGGUUACAAAACAGAACCCUUUUACUAAAAAAUAAAGUUAAGCAUGGCUAACAGUGUAAAUAUGCCUUAGGGGGUUGCUGGUUCAGAUGAAAAUAACAAAAGCUAGGUUGUCUAAGCCUAAUCCCAACCAUUCACAGACCACACUACAAGCUGCAUCCAUGCACAUGUGGGUUUUGCACCACGCAAUCCUUCAUCUGAAUGUGCGCCAUUAGGUCCAGAUCAAAUAUCAGUUUUUCUAUGAAAGGGCCUGGAGACAGGAGGGCAAGUUUUCUUUCAGUCAAAUAGAGCCUCUUGAUACAUUCCCCCAGCACAAGAGGGGAUACAUGCUCAGAGACCAUGAAGCUACAAAGUGGAUUUCUUCACAAUCAUUGUGACCUUGAAGCAACAAUAUAUCAAACAAUGCAUACAAGUAGUAAGUUCGACUAAUUAAAUUGAUUAUUUUUUCCACUGGAAGACUUCAACUAGAAUCCUAAGUAGAAAAGAAGAAAACUAUUGUAAAAUAAACCAAAGCAAUUGGGAUUUCUUUACACUUAUUAAAUACUGAUUUCUGACAGAGUGAAGGAUGAGGUAUGAAUUGAUAGGCCCCAGGACAUUGUCUUUCUUGCUAGAAAGGUGGGAAAAGGAGGCAUAAUAAUACCAGAGGAAGAAACUGAGAACAGACAGCAGCAGAUGCAGGAGAACACACAACUUCUCAGGGUGUUCGUGAAAGAGAUGAAAGGAGGAGACAUGAGUGAAGGAGGGACAUGAGAAGAAAGGUGUGAAGAGCAAGAGACCAUUAGGAAUGCAAGCAUCAAUCUUUAAAAAGGAGUGAUCUCAAAAUUAGUUUUAAAAUCAGGGACUGGGUAGAGGAGGAAUGGUGGAGACCACUUCCCCAGCCUGACCCUUCCAGAGAAGAAGACAGUUCAGAAUUACAACAGGGGUUUAAUGGAGGUCACAGCUCAGAGGAAGAUGGGGGGUGGAGUUGGGAAAUAUUGGGGGAAGAGGAGGAGGCAGAGCUGGAGCCGCUGGCUGACACUUUAUCACUAGAAAGCAUUCCAGACCCACCAUCUCCCAGAUCCCGGCAAGCCUUAAAAGUAUGAAAGCAAAGGGCUUGAAGACAGAUGGCCCUAAGCGGCAACCACAGUUGGGGUGCUGUUGACAAAGGAGGAUGUGGGAGAGAAGUGGCUGGAGAUUUACUGAGGACAACGCCGUUAUCCCAAGAGGCUGCAUUCCCAAGCCUCUCUCUGUAAAUAUUGAAUAAAAAGUAGAUAGUAGGGACUUUUCCUUUUCUUAUCCAUUCCUGGCAACCUGCAGUGGGAGUUGGUUCCUCUGCCACCUGACAGGUAUAUUUUGUUCUUAACAUGCUGAGAAUUGUGUUGUAGCAGGGGUCGCAGUAGGCCGGAAUGAAUAUAAGGUUAAAGCCUUUGCUGAUGAUCUGGUUUUAACGGUGGAAGAACCUUUGGAAAGUGUUAAAAACAUACUUGUAGAGGUGGAAAGAUUUGGUCAAGUGGCAGGAUUUAUAUUGAAUAAGAAAAAGACUAAAAUAAUUGCUAAGAACAUGGAUCAAGAUACGAUAGGAACAAUGCAACAACAAAUAGGUAUAGAAGUGGUGAAGAACGUGAAAUAUUUGGGUAUUUCGAUAACCCCUAAGAAUAUUGAUUUGUAUCAGAAUAAUUAUAUACCAGUGUGGAAUGGAAUAAAGAAAGAUCUGGAGGUGUGGGGAUGAAUGAAGUUAUCACUGUGGGGAAGGAUCUCAACGAUAAAGAUGAGCGUACUGCCAAAAUCGUUAUUUUUGUUUCAGACAAUUCCAAUAAUCAAAGGGACUGUGACUUUUAAAGAAUAGCAAAGAGUAAUUUCAAGGUAUAUCUGGCAGGGUAAGAAGCCAAGAAUUCAAUUUAAGUUAUUAACAGAUGCUAAAGAAAGAGGAGGCUUCGCCCUGCCAGACCUGAAAUUAUAUUAUGAAGCUUCAUGUCUCUGUUGGUUAAAGGAAUGGGUAAAAUUAGAAAUUAGAAAAUACAGAGUUGUUAGAUAUAGAAGGAUUUGACAACAGAUUUGGGUGGCACGCAUAUUUAUGGUCUGAAAAGAAGAAAAUCCACAAAGGUUUUGAGAACCACAUUUUCCGAAGAUCGUUGAUAGAAAUAUGGGAUAGGUAUAAAAGCCUACUUGAACCAAAAACUCCGCACUGGUUGUCUCCAUUAGAGGUUAUGAGUGUUAAAAAAAUCAAUAUGAGAAGGAAUUGGAUUACAUAUGGAAAUUUGAUUGUUAAGGAAGGGAGGAAAUGGAAAAUGAAACCCUAUGAAGAAGUAAAAGAGUAUGUAUAUGAUUGGUUGCAUUACUUUCAAAUAAAUGAAAUGUUUAAAAAGGACCUUAAGGAAUAUGGAUUUGUAGAGAAAGAUUCAAAAUUUCAAAUAGAAAUAAUAAAUAAUGAAUAUAAAAUUUUAUCUAAAAUGUAUAAGAUAUUGCUGGAAUGGCAUACAAAGGAUGAAGAAGUUAAAUCUGUUAUGAUACAAUGGGCCAGAGAUUUUGGAUAUAAUAUACAAUUUAAUGAUUGAAUCAAACUAUGGAACGAAAAUUUUAAAUUUACUGCAUGUACUGCAUUAAAGGGAAAUGUUAUGAAAAUGAUUUACAGAUGGUAUAUUACACCGGUAAAACUUGCAAAAAUGUAUAAAACAUGCAAGAAAUGUUGGAAAUGUAAAGAAAGGGAUGGUACUUUUUAUCAUAUGUGGUGGGAAUGUAAGAAAGUGAAGAGCUUCUGGAAAUUGAUAUAUAAUGAACUGAAAAAAAUGUUGAAAUAUACAUUUGUUAAGAAACCAGAGGCCUUUCUCUUAGGAAUUAUAGGAAAUGAAAUAAAUAGAAAGGAUUGUAAACUUUUCCAAUAUGCAGUAACAGCGGCAAGAAUACUACUGGCCCAGAAAUGGAAACAGGAACAAGUACCAACAUUGGAGGAGUGGAGAAUGAAGCUGAUGGACUAUGCAGAACUUGAUAAACUGACAGGGAAGAUCAAAUAUCUAUGAGAUCAAAAGUUUAUCAAGGACUGGGGAAAGUUAACGGAGUAUUGGGAAUGUAUAAGUGAUAAUGAAAUAACGUUAGUGGCAUUUACAGAAGCUCUGUAAAACCUAAGAAGUAUUGCAAAAAGAAAAACAGAUGUGGAAGGGUAUGUCAAAAGGCAAUAGCAAAUUUAGGAAAUGUGUAACUAAAAAGUUUAAUUCGGAUGAUUGUCAGAGAGGCUGAAGGAAGUCCAAAAAUGAGAAAAUUAGUUAAAGUUGUAAUGUGGUGUGAUAUGUAUUUUUCUUGAUGAAAAUCAAGAAAAAAUAUUUUAAAAAAGAGAGAAUUGUGUUGUAGCUUGCCAAGGAGUGUCAUAGGUUUUGGAUAGCUUGAUUCCAAUUCACGAAUUUGUCCAGAAUAUUUUUGUAUUGGAAUUCGCAAAGAUUGUGUUCCUCAAAAAUUAAUAAUAAUAAUAAUAAUAAUAAUAAUAAUAUCCCCAACCUUGUCUACCUAGUGGACAGCAUACGCAAAAGUAAGAAUUAUAACAAAAUUAACAGGGAAACUAGAGUAACUUCAAAGUGUACUUUAAUGGAAAGGGCAAUCUUUGCAGAACAGAUGGGGCACUGCACAUCCCAGAACAAUUUUUUCCCCCAUUUUUAUUGCCUUAAAAAAGAAAAAAAAUUAUACAGACAGCAAAACAAAGAAAUAAUAAUAACAAUUACAAUGAUGAAAAUACUAAAAAUACCUAUACUUCGCCUUUUAAACUUCUAUUCUGGUUACAAUGUAUUACUAUUCUAUAAGAAUCUAUUAUAUCCUUUGCUGUCCCAUAUAUUAUUUUAUUUCCCAAAUUCAACCUAACCCUCCCCUUCACCCCACUGCUUCCCUUCACCUGUGUGAGAUCUUCCCAUCAUAAUAUAUAUAUUUUCUAGUUGCUUUGAUAAAAUAGAGUAACUUGAAAACUGUUAAAUUAUAAUUACUUCUUUUGUCCUUACACGCUUAACAAUUGCCUAUUAAAAGUUCUGCUUUAACACCAUAUUUCUUCAUUUAUUCCCCUAUGCAUUCCCACUCUGUAUAGAAUUUUUUAUUGGAGCAGCCCCUGAUAGCUGCAGUCAUUUUUGCCAUCUCGGCUAACUCACAAAUCUUAACUUGCCAUCCCAGAACAAUAUUGAGGGAAUAUCACAUAAUUUCAAACAUUACUACUACUACGAAUAUGAAAAAAGCAAUUGCUCUCUGUAUGGCCAUGACAUACUACUGAAAUUCUGUGUCAGCUUACUAACAUAGAGAGGGGUCCGAAAACAUAAAGGAUUCCAAAGUCAUUAGUCCCUUGAUGAACCUUCUGCUCUUUCAUUUAUGGAUUAGAUUCAGCCUCUUUCUGUCUGUACUGAGAGAUGUCUUCCAGGAUCCAGCAAGAAAGUGAAGGAGGGACAGCCCCCUUGCUGCUACGAUUGCAUCCCAUGUGCAGAGGGGAAGAUUGCAAACCAGGAGGGUAAGAGAAAUAAAUAGAUUCAAUAGAUCCAGACUCAGUACUUAGGAUUGAAUGGUGCUGUAAGGAAGGCUGAGUUUAAGUUUCAAAAAAGGAGAUCAUCUACUGUGUGUGUGAUCCUGCCUCUUUGUAAUCAUUGCCCUUCAGAUAGUCUAAAUAUGCUAAUCAAAUGAGAAUGACCAUUCAUUGAGAGUAGUUGGGUGGUAUGUGGUUCAAAUCAUAUCUAGAGGGGUCUUGCCAAUCCUUCUGACUUACACAGCCUGCACCCAGACUAGUGAGAAUAAACAUUCAGUUGUCAUUGGCUCUGGCUGUGGCACCACAUAGCUCUGAACCAAUUAAAUUCAACAAUACCACAUUGCAGCACAUUAGACAGUAUUCAAAAUGUGUUUUAAUUUGAGCAGAGCUCUUUUCUUCUCAGACAGAAAGUCAACAUCAGAACCAACAAGGUGAUAUGAGCUCAAGGUCAUUACCUUAUUUUUUCCAGAUAUGAAUGACUGUGAUAAAUGCCCAGACAAAGAAUAUCCAAGCAAGAACCGGGAUGCAUGUCUACCCAAGGAUAUCAGCUUCUUGUCUUACAAAGAACCUUUGGGCAUCAGUUUAGCCUGCUGCUCUCUUUCCCUUUCCUUGAUCACAGCUCUGGUACUAGGUACAUUUAUGAAACACCAUGACACACCCAUUGUCAUUGCAAACAACCGAAACCUCACCUACACUCUCCUCAUCUCUCUCCUGCUCUGCUUCCUGUGUGCAUUGCUCUUCAUUGGCCGACCUGAGAAGGUGACGUGCCUCCUCCGACAAACAGCUUUUGGCAUCAUCUUCUCAACUGCUGUCUCUUGUGUCCUGGCAAAAACCUUCACGGUGGUUUUGGCCUUCAUGGCUACAAAACCAGAAUCCAGGAUGAGGAAAUGGGUGGGGAAAGGACUAGGCCACUCCAUUCUCCUUUCCUGCUCCAUUGUUCAAGCAGGCAUAUGUACUGUGUGGCUGGCAACCUCUCCCCCAUACCCAGAUGUGGACAUGCACUCAAUGACAGAAGAAAUUAUACUAGAAUGUAAUGAAGGGUCUGUGACCAUGUUUUACUGUGUCCUCAUCUACAUGAGCUGCCUGGCAAUUGUAAGUUUUGCUGUGGCUUUCCUCGCCAGGAAGUUACCAGACAGUUUCAAUGAAGCCAAGUUUAUCACUUUCAGCAUGUUGGUCUUCUGCAGUGUUUGGCUGUCCUUUAUUCCCUCCUACCUGAGCACCAAGGGAAAAUAUAUGGUGGCAGUGGAGAUCUUUUCUAUCUUAGCCUCCGGUAUUGGGCUGCUGGGCUGCAUCUUUUCCCCCAAAUGUUACAUAAUCAUUCUGAGGCCUGAGCUGAACAACAGGGAACAGCUAAUAAGGAAGAAAAAUUAAAGACUUAAGAAACCUGUCCUUUCUGCAUUUUUGUACUUUUCUCUGUGUGUACAAUAGAAUAUUUGCAAAGACGUGUUCAGCAGCUGCCUUAUAUAAUUUUUUCUAGACCUGGUGAUUCAUGAUAGUUAGUCAUAAAUAUUGACUAUUGAAUUCACUCCGGAGAAAAGAGUGAAUAGGUGAUUAACCUCUGUUGUUCUGAAAAAGCCAUUUUUUAUGUGUUGGGGAACCAAGAUGCUGUCAGUUCCUAGGAAUCCUGGCAAAGUUAAGAGACUUAUCAGAAGAAGAAUCAGCAUCUUGCCCCAAAACCACAUGAAAGUCCACAGUUUCCCACAGAUUUCGGUUUCACUUUGCAGCCAGCACUUCCACAAAAAGGAC